AGGUCCGCUGGGUCACCAACCAGGCAACAGAUCUGUGGCAAAAACUCUAAUGUCCCUCAACACUCAGGACUGAAAUGAAGCACUUGCCAGAUUGGAGGAUGUAGGGCAUCAGAACAGAUUUCACUGCAAUGUGCCAGUGUGUGAUACAGAUCCAACUUGUUCAGAUGAGGCUUGACAUGUUCCACUGACCUCAGACCUAUGGGGAAGUUGGCAAAGCCUGGGAAGAAGGAUGUCCACUGACACUGGACACAAAGAAUGCAGGAUUUACAGGACUGCAGGAUCCACUGGAAUUCCCAAGAUAAGGAAGAAACGAAUAAAAACUCAGACAAGUCAGCUCCGACUGGGUAAAAGUGUACUGAAGUAUGUUUUUACCACGAUCUCUUAAAGUCAAGAGGACUGCUGAUGAGGACAAAAGUUGUACAGCUAAGAAAAAUAAACUAUCUUCUGGAGGAUCUUUGCUAGAGGAGACCACAGAGUUCCAGGACUGUAAGUCAGUUGGAGCAGAAAUUUCUGCUUCAACAGGCAAUUCAAGUGAAAUUGUACAAGAACACCCAGAACCUGAAGCUGCAGACCUUGGCGUUGCUAAUAUACCAUUGGGAAAGGACAGCCAAAAUACUGAGGAUGAUGGCUCUUUGGAAGAACCCAUAAAAUCCUUCAGCAAAUCCCAGCGCUGGGCAGAGCCUGGAGAACCUGUGUGUGUUGUGUGUGGCCGUUAUGGGGAGUAUAUCUGCAAUGAAACAGAUGAAGAUGUUUGUAGUUUGGAAUGUAAAGCCAAACACCUUCUACGAACUCAAGCAAAGGAAAAGCAGCUAACAUCUGAUCAACCUGCAGACUCUCAAGCAGAAGCUCACCUGCUUAAUACACCUUAUUUCUACAAAGAUCAUGCCUUUAUUUUAGGUUUGCAAGAUGAGCAGGUUAUGAACCUUAAACUCCAGCUGGGUAUUGCUGUCCAGGGCCAGCAAGUUCCAAGACCUAUUGUGGAGUUCGAACACUGUGGUUUUCCUGAAACUUUAAACAAUAAUUUAAAGAAUUCUGGCUAUGAAGUCCCAACCCCCAUCCAAAUGCAAAUGAUCCCUGUUGGACUGUUAGGGAGGGAUAUUCUGGCUAGUGCUGACACGGGCUCUGGAAAAACAGCAGCUUUCCUGCUUCCUGUUAUUAUGAAGGUUUUGAAAGAGACAGAAACUCCCUCUGCUCUUAUUUUGGCACCGACUAGGGAGUUGGCAAUUCAGAUUGAGAGGCAGGCGAAGGAGCUGAUGGCUGGGCUGCCCAACAUGAGGACAGUUCUGCUGGUGGGAGGUUUGCCCCUGCCCCCGCAGCUGCACCGCCUCAAGCAGAGCGUGAAGGUGGUAAUAGCAACACCUGGAAGACUUCUUGAGAUUUUAAAGCAAAGUUCUGUUCAACUGCAUGGCAUAAAAAUUGUAGUGGUGGAUGAAGUAGAUACCAUGCUAAAAAUGGGUUUCCAGCAGCAAGUGUUGGAUAUUUUGGAAGACAUCUCUCAUGAUCAUCAAACCAUACUGGUGUCAGCCACAAUUCCAGUGGGCAUUGAGCACUUGGCAAAUCAGCUUCUGCACAAUUUUGUCAGAAUAACCAUUGGAGAGAAGAAUCUGCCAUGUUCCAAUGUUCGGCAAAUUAUCUUGUGGGUAGAAGAACCAUCUAAAAAGAAGAAACUCUUUGAAAUACUAAAUGAUAAAAAGCUCUUCAAGCCUCCAGUGUUGGUGUUUGUGGACUGUAAACUAGGAGCAGAUCUCUUGAGUGAUGCUGUUCAUAAGAUUACAGGAUUGCAGUGCACAGCUAUGCAUUCGGAAAAGUCUCAGGUGGAAAGAACAGACAUAUUACAGGGAUUACUUCAAGAGAAGUAUGAAGUUAUAGUAAGUACUGGAGUCCUUGGACGAGGGCUUGACCUUGUCAAUGUCAAACUGGUGGUGAAUUUUGAUAUGCCUUCAAGUAUGGAUGAAUAUGUACACCAGGUUGGAAGAGCAGGGAGAUUGGGUCACAAUGGAACUGCAAUUACUUUUAUCAAUAACAACAGCAAGAAGCUCUUUUGGGAUGUUGUGAAGAGAGUAAAACCCACAGGCACCAUUCUUCCCCCACAGCUGCUUAAUUCCCCGUAUCUACAUGACCAAAAGAGAAGAGAACAACAGAGACUAAAACAGUUACAGAAUAGCCUUGUAACAGGAGAUAAUAUUAUGGACAUGAUUAAGAAACACAACAAAAAUAAUUCUAAGAGGUAAUAAUGGCAUAUUUAUGGUUAUGUAAUUACAAUAAAAGUAUGAUUAAAAGUAAAUAUUAAAUGUUGCCUUGUAUAUUGCAUUUUUAAAAGAAAUUUGUACCAUUUUUUAAGAAGUCUCCUUUUAUCCUAUCUUUAUUUUAAAAUGCAGGCUAUUGUGUGCUUUAAUUACUGUAGUACCUAGUAAAAGUGGUCUGGAAACCUUUUUCAAAACCGGUAUUCCUUGGUCUUGCUGGCAAGGAAAAAAAAAUUAAUGGCAGAUUAGCCUCUGAAAGUCUGUUCCUGUUAGCUUGAAUAAAAUCUUCCACUGGGAAUGCUUCUCCAAGUCCUCAGUCUGCUCUCUUGUGGUUUCUUAGGAACAUAUGUGCAACUUUUGUUUGUAAACAGUACU